AUGUAGCAGACUGCAGUGGAGGGUGUCUGUGCGACCACAAUGGUUAAACCUAAAGCUAAACUCACGACAUCAUCUGGCGGCAGGCCUCAGACACUAGACCCGGUUAGAAAAAUCCCCAGGUGUAAUGUUGCCGAGCUCAUCUUAAAAGCAGUGUGCGCUUACCAGGACCGGAAAGGUAUAUCCACUAUAGCACUGAAGAAGGAACUGGCUGCCCUAGGUAUCGAUGUGGAGGGCAACAAUCGCGUCAUCAAAAGCGGUAUUAACUGGUUGUUGUCGAAAAAAGCCAUUGUCCAAACUACGCCGAAGGGAAUUGGGGCCAUGGGAUCCUUCAAGCGGGGUGAUGCCGCUGAGUUGAUUGCAGUAAAAUUGGCCGCCGAGGUUCGGAGAACCGAGAACGCUAAGGCAAAACCUCCCAAGAAAUCUGAAGCAGCUGAGCUGCUGUGUCACGUGCUUACACUGGACCAAUCAGCGUUGCCAGUGUGCCGGCCUUGGCUAUAUAUGCAGCAGACACUUCCUUCACGAUAUCUUCUUUCCUCGAGAAACGGAAGCAGACUAACUUAAACAAUGG